AUUUUAAAAAACAUAUAAAUACCAGAGAAUUACGAAUUAUAUAAACUUCUUUUUUUUUCAAUAUUAAAGUAAUAACUUUGGCAACAUCCCAAAACAGUUUUCUAUUUUGACGUCGAUACACCUAACCUUAAAGAAAUGUAAAAUUUUGUUUUUAUUUUACCCUUCUUACUACAUUUUACCACAUUAGCAUUAUGUUUUCUGUUGUAAUUUAUUAUUUACCUUGUUCGAGUAAUUCUAUUAACUAAUCUCAACCCUUUGUCUCAACCAUUCUGUAUAAUCUCAACGUUCUUUACUAAUGAAGCACAUUUAAAGGAGACAUAUGCAUUUAAUGUUACUUGAUGUGUUGCUAUAAUUUGUUUGAUUCAUAAAUAUGGUAGAGGAAAACCUAAGCUUUAGAAAUGGAAAUCCAGGUGCUGUUCAGUUUGGAAACUUCAUAAACUACUAUCAAUUCAACUCACCCGAAAAAAGAAUAUCUCUCUUGCCAAAAGAUAUAUGGUCAGAGAGUAUUGAAGAAAACCGCAAAUGGGAGAUUUUAGAUAUUGGUUGUAAUACUGGAGAUCUUACAGUAGCAUUAUACGAUUUUUUUACAAAUAUCUUGGGCAUAACUGAUUGUAAAGUAAUUGGAAUAGAUAUAGACCCUCAACUGAUUCAGAGAGCUAUUGAAAAAAAUAAGUCUAACAAUAUUUCCUUCAACUGUGUAGAUAUAAUGGAUAGCAUGAACUAUCAAACCAUUAUUAAAUAUUUAAAAGAUAAUGACUUGGAGAGAUUUGAUUUAGUGACAUGUUUCUCUAUUACUAUGUGGAUACAUUUAAAUCAUGGAGAUUUAGGAUUAAAGUCGUUUCUUAAUAAUGUGUCAAAAAUAUCAAACUUUUUAAUAAUCGAACCCCAACCAUGGAAAUGCUAUAAAGCUGCAGUAAAAAGGAUGAAGUUAAGUGAUUAUAUAUUUCCAGAAUUUAAAAAAUUAGCAAUUCAACAAAAUGUUGAAGAUGAAAUUGAAAAAAUCAUCUUGGAUGAAUGUAAUUUAGUUAAACUAAAGGAGAGUCAAAAAACUGAUUGGGGAAGAAAAAUACUUUUUUUCAAGAGAAAAAAUUAAUUUUUUUUCAAUAUAAAUUAUUCAUAUUGUGUAACUGGGAUCCCGUGAUAUUUCAGAUGUUUUCUUAACCUAAAACGAAAUAAAAUAUAUACAGAUUCAUUCACAAA